UGUCUCUCGCAAACUCAACUCAACUCAACUCACGUCUCACCUCAUCUCUCUCAGUUUCUCGGACUCAGACUCUCACCGUCUCUCAACUCAACUCUCUCCGUCUCUCGUCUUCAGAAACAGAAGCAGCCAGCAGCGAGAGAGAGAAUGGGAGCAAAGGGAAAGAAGAGGAGAGAGAAGAACUACAAAGCUGCUCAUGGCGGCUACAGUGGCCUCCCUCCCCCGCCUGAUCCUUCCAAGCUCGACGCUUUGCCUUCCAAAAUUCGCCAAAUCAUGUCUUUCACUCAGUCCCAACAAAAACACCUUGAUAACAAGCACACACACCAUUAUUCCCAUGCUCAAAAUAAUAUCCCUUUGAAGGACAAAGGUGGACUUGGAACUGCAAAUGGCAAAGUCGAGAAUACUAAUGAACAAUUGAAGGAAUCUUACCAUGGUGAUAGUGAUUGUGAACAGCUUAUGCAAAGUAGUGAAAAUGAUAAGAAAAAGAAGAAAAGAAAGAGGAAGGAGGUUAAGGAUCUUAGAUUUGCAAUGGAGCCUGAUAAAACUAGCUCCCAGUUAAAAAGAAAGGAGCGCAAGAAAAAGUAUUUAGAGGCAAAGAAGAAGAAGAAGCAGAAAAAAUCCCAUGAAGAAGAUGAAUUAGACUUCCCUGGGCAUGAAAAAAUAAAAUUUGGAGAUAUUGUGCAAGCUCCACCAAAGUUAGCUGUCAUUCCUAGGGCGUUCAAGAAUGCUCAAGAUGCUUCACAAGAAAGACUUCGACUCAGGGCUAUCGAGGAAUACAGGAAUCGUAAAGGAUGGAAAUCAAGACCAGGAAGUCAUCUUCCACCUUCCUUGACAUAAGCCCCUUCAAACUACUCUCUCUAGUUCAAUGAAUACUUGUCCAAUAUAAUGGAGAAGAUAGACAUGGUUGUUCUAGUCUUUUUUCUUGGAGAUGGGGUUCUUCAUUCAGAAGUAAUGUGUAUUAUUUCUAGAAGUUCCCAGUGGCACACACUUGUAAAUGUGUGAUAGUUCUGAAGCAUCAAUGAUUUUUGCAAUUUUGAUUUUGUUUGAUA